CCCCCUCCCCCCGUCCUUUACUGGGAGAGGGGUGGAGGGCAGAACGUCCGUGAGAAAAUAAACCACACAAAACCCCAAAGUAGCCCUUUCUUCUAGGCUCGACCCUUUGCGAACACCCGCCGAGCUGCUUGCCUCCCUUCUUCCCGUAUUUUCUUUUUUUCUGGAAGUGACAAGGGCCCGUCUGCGCUCGGACCCACGUUCGCCUUCGCAGCCCACGGGCGAGGAGGGGAGAAGGGGGCUGCCCGCGCCGUCCCCGGCCUCCGACCGGUCGCUGGGAGGGAGGUGACGGGGGUGCGGAGGCGGCAGGGCUGGGGACCGGGAGAGGAGCCGAAGACUCCAGACUUUGGCGGCAGCGCCGCGGGAAGCACUUGAACGGGCCCGAGUAAAACAUAAACAAAUGCACGCCCGCCUGAGCUCGGGCUCUGACCGAGUCCAGGUUGCGCCAGCUCCGGCCGCAGCCCGCUUUAAAGGCGCGCCCCGCGCCCCUCCCCCUUCGUCCCCGCCCUGCACCUAGCCCAGGGGAGACCUGCAGAUCUGGCGGUGGCUGGGGGAGGGUGCUGCCCCGUGCGAGCCCGUCGAUUCGCCCGCGUCUCCCCGGCGGCCUGACCAGGGGGCGGUGUCUGCAGCGCCAGGUUCGCGGGACGCACGUCUCCAGAUCUGCCUGCUCCUGGAAGGCGGGCGCGGGUGGGUCGGGAAGCAGCAGCCGCGGCGGCUCAGGACUUGCCGAGGACUGGGCUCCAGCUCGGGAUAACCAACUCCCCUUUUCUCUCCUCUCGUGCCUCCCCAGGCGACUGCAGUAGCGGCGGCGGCGGCGCCCGGGAGUCCUAGCCUUCUCUGCGUCCCCGUCCCUCCCCCGCCGCACCCCGCCCGGGCAGAGAAGGGAGAGCGAGAGCCCGAGCCGCGGGCGGGCGGCGAAGAUGGCAGAGGCGCCGGCCUCCCCGGCCCCUCUCUCUCCGCUCGAAGUGGAGCUGGACCCGGAGUUCGAGCCCCAGAGCCGGCCGCGCUCCUGUACGUGGCCCCUGCAGAGGCCGGAGCUCCAGGGAAGCCCGGCCAAACCCUCGGGGGAGGCGGCCGCUGACUCCAUGAUCCCCGAGGAGGAGGACGAUGAAGACGACGAGGACGGCGGCGGUAGGGCCGGCUCGGCCAUGGCGAUCGGCGGCGGCGGGAGCAGCACGCUGGGCGCCGGGAUGCUCCUUGAGGACUCGAGCCGGCUGCUGGCUCCCGGAGGGCAGGACCCGGGGUCUGGGCCAGCCCCCGCGGCGGGUUCGCUAAAUGGGGGGACGCAGACGCCGCUGCAGCCUCAGCAGCCACUGCCACCGCCGCAGCCGGGGGCAGCUGGGGGCUCCGGGCAGCCGAGGAAAUGCUCGUCGCGGCGGAACGCCUGGGGGAACCUGUCCUACGCUGACCUAAUCACUCGCGCCAUCGAGAGCUCCCCGGACAAACGGCUCACUCUGUCCCAGAUCUACGAGUGGAUGGUGCGGUGCGUGCCCUACUUCAAUGAUAAGGGCGACAGCAACAGCUCUGCGGGCUGGAAGAACUCGAUCCGGCACAACCUGUCGCUGCACAGCCGGUUCAUGCGGGUCCAGAAUGAGGGGACGGGCAAGAGCUCUUGGUGGAUCAUCAACCCCGAUGGAGGGAAGAGUGGGAAGGCACCCCGGCGGCGGGCCGUCUCUAUGGACAACAGCAACAAAUAUACCAAGAGCCGUAGCCGCGCAGCCAAGAAGAAGGCAGCCCUGCAGACAGCACCUGAGUCAGCAGACGACAGUCCCUCCCAGCUCUCCAAAUGGCCUGGCAGCCCCACGUCUCGCAGCAGCGAUGAGCUGGAUGCAUGGACGGACUUUCGCUCGCGCACCAAUUCCAAUGCCAGCACAGUUAGCGGCCGCCUGUCGCCCAUCUUGGCAAGCACAGAGCUGGAUGACGUCCAGGAUGACGACGCCCCGCUUUCCCCCAUGCUCUAUAGCAGCUCAACUAGCCUCUCGCCCUCUGUGAGCAAGCCAUGCACCGUGGAGCUGCCACGGCUCACCGACAUGGCAGGCACCAUGAAUCUGAAUGAUGGCCUGGCCGACAACCUCAUGGAUGACCUGCUGGAUAACAUCCCACUCCCACCGUCCCAGCCAUCCCCCACCGGAGGGCUCAUGCAGCGGAGCUCUAGCUUCCCAUACACCACCAAGGGCUCCGGCCUGGGCUCUCCAACCAGCUCCUUUAACAGCACGGUGUUUGGACCCUCAUCUCUGAAUUCCCUGCGCCAGUCUCCCAUGCAGACCAUCCAAGAGAAUAAGCCAGCUACCUUCUCUUCCAUGUCACACUAUGGCACCCAGACACUCCAAGAUCUGCUCACUUCAGACUCACUCAGCCACAGCGAUGUCAUGAUGACCCAGUCAGACCCCUUGAUGUCUCAGGCCAGCACCGCUGUGUCUGCCCAGAACUCCCGCCGGAAUGUGAUGCUUCGCAAUGACCCAAUGAUGUCCUUUGCCGCCCAGCCUAACCAGGGGAAUUUGGUCAAUCAGAACUUGCUCCACCACCAGCACCAAACCCAGGGCGCUCUCAGUGGCAGCCGUGCCUUGUCGAAUUCUGUCAGCAACAUGGGCUUGAGCGAUUCUAGCAGCCUUGGGUCAGCCAAACACCAGCAGCAUUCUCUUGUCAGUCAGUCUAUGCAAACCCUCUCGGACUCUCUCUCAGGCUCCUCUUUGUACUCAACCAGUGCAAACCUUUCUGUCAUGGGCCAUGAGAAAUUCCCCAGCGACUUGGACCUGGACAUGUUCAAUGGGAGCUUGGAAUGUGACAUGGAGUCUAUUAUUCGUACUGACCUCAUGGAUGCUGAUGGGUUGGAUUUUAACUUUGAUUCCCUCAUCUCCACACAGAAUGUUGUUGGUUUGAACGUGGGGAACUUCACUGGUGCUAAGCAGGCCUCAUCUCAGAGCUGGGUGCCAGGCUGAAGGAUCACUGAGGAAAGGGGAAGUGGGCAAAGCAGACCCUCAAACUGACACAAGAUCUACAGAGAAAACCCUUUGCCAAAUCUGCUCUCAGCAAGUGGACAGUGAUACCGUUUACAGCUUAACACCUUUGUGAAUCCCACGCCAUCUUCCUAACCCAGCAGAGACUGUUAAUGGCCCCUUACCCUGGGUGAAGCACUUACCCUUGGAACAGAACUCUAUAUAUAAAGUAUGCAAAUCUUCCUUGUACGGGGUGACGUGCCACCUGCCAGCGAAGGACAGCACCCUGCCAGCACCGCCCACCUCAGUCAGAGCACACCGUGAGCCCCUGUUGGCGAUUCUGUGGUUUUCAUAUCGCGAUGGUUUAUGGGUGUUUUAAGUGUUGCUUUGUGUUUGUUUUCCUUUGACUUUCUGAGUUUUUCACAUGCAUUCACUUGCAGUAUUUUUGUGUUAAAAUGUUAACCAUUCUUCUUUAGGCAAAUUUAAAAACAGAAGGAAAAUGUACCAGUUACCGUUUUGGCUUUGGACAUCACAAGCGUUUGAGCCCAUGGAACUCCUUACACUAACAAAUUGCAUAAACUAGAGGGGGAUUUUCUUUCUUCUUUUGUUUGGUAGAAAACUAUCCUUUUCUAAAAACUGAACAAUGGCACAACUGUUUGCUGUGUGCGCCAAUCCAGGAUUGAACCCUGAAUAGGCAAAACGAAUGGAACAUGGCCACCAACCCAGUGUGUUUCAGUUCUGAGUCAUGGUGGCUGGGGGACAAAACCCCAGCACCUGACCUGCAGGUGCCAGGUCAGCAGGGUUUGUGGUCCCCUGUCAGUAUCCUCAGCUAAUGCACUGAACAGUGAUGCUAUGUUGGUUAGGAAUUAAGAUCUUUUCAAGAAAGAAAUCAGCUCAGCUGUCCACUAAUUGCCAAAUGCCACCGAAGGAUUUAACUUUAAGGAGAAAG